CAAGAAACUAUCUCUAUCUACAUGAGUUGUAACUAUACAUACACAUCACACACAUUUUCUUUUACACUCACCAUAUCUUACCAUUCUCAAAUUCACAAAUCACACUACUCCUCAGUCCCUCUCCCUCUCUCUUGUUGAUUUUAACACAAGAUCACUCACCACUGGUGAGAUAGCUCAGUUCUUGCAGCUUUUCUGCAGCACAUACUAAUCUACACUCACAUUUUUGAUUAUAUAUAUGGAUGCAUCAGGGUCUUGAUUUGAGUCUCAUUUCUUGAUUUCAGAUAGUGCAGCACUUGAAGAUGGAAAUACACUAGUACUUCUCUGAUCUCUUUCUUCACCUAUAAGAUUUUCUACAAAAAGAUAAACACAAGCCUACCACUUUCAUCUACCCAAAUGUUGGACUAUGAAUGGGGAAACCCAUCAAACUUAAUGGUAACCGGAGAUGACCCACCCGCCCAAGAUUCGGGUCAAAAUACCCAACUGUACAAUCAUUACUCUCAUCAAACUUUUAACCAAACCCUCAUAAACCCUAAUCACAAUCACCAUCAAAAUGCCUAUGUAACUCCCACCCACCACUCAACCAUCCAAACCAACCAUUUCCAAACCUUCUAUGACCCCAACUCUUAUCCGGGCUCAUACCCAAACCCGGAUCCGAGAAUGAUAUCGUUUGACCCGGUCCAUGACCCGACCGGGUUCAUUAUAGUGCCCAAGACUGAACCGGCCAGUUCGGAGUUCACUAGCAGAAUUGGACUUAAUUUGGGGGGCAGGACUUAUUUCUCGUCCUCCGAGGAUGACUUUGUGAACCGGUUGUACCGCCGGUCUAGGGCAAUUGAAACUGGUUCUGUCAAUGCUCCUCGCUGUCAAGCUGAGGGAUGUAAUGCUGAUCUUACCCACGCCAAACACUACCACCGCCGCCAUAAGGUCUGUGAGUUUCACUCCAAAGCCGCCACCGUCAUUGCUUCCGGUCUAACUCAGCGGUUCUGCCAACAGUGUAGCCGAUUUCAUCUCUUGACCGAAUUCGACAAUGGAAAACGAAGCUGCCGGAAGAGGCUAGCCGAUCACAACCGCAGGAGGCGAAAAACUCAUCAAACAAACCAAGAUCAGAGCAGCAAGUCUCAGCUCGAAAAUGCCCAUAAUUCAUCAUCUGAAAACCUUACAAGGUCUCCCCCAGAUUCCAGUCUGCAAUCAUCUUCAUCAGUGACAAUGCCGAUUUCCCCUCCACGGAUUUCACUGGAUUCGUUCCGGCAGAGAUUAAAUUAUCAAGGCUCGAGUUCUUCAACAAACUCUCGCUUUCUAAAUGAAUGAUUUUAUUCUCAGUUAUGUACGAGUUGCAAUCAAUCGAACAUUCUGUUUAAGUUUGCUAGGACAAAACUACUUUUACUACCAAGAAGUUCUUGUAGCGAUCGGUGUAUGCACGGAACAAGUUUAACAUGCAUGUAGCUAUUUUAUCAUCAAUUAGUAAUUAAUCUUUCUUUCACUAA